UCUCUCUCUCUCUCUCUCUCUCUCUCUCUCUCUCUCUCUCUCUCAGUGUGAGUGCAGGAAAAUGGCAGAGGCCAGUAUUUCAGUAGAUCAGGAUCACUUCAGCUGUCCAGUGUGUCUGUAUCUCCUGAAUGAUCCAGUGACUACUCCCUGUGGUCACAGUUUCUGUAAGGUGUGUAUUAAUGCUCACUGGGAUCAGGAGGAUGUGAAGGGCGUCUACAGCUGUCCUCAGUGUAGAGAGACUUUCACUCCAAGGCCUGUUCUACACAGGAACAACAUGCUGGCUGAAGUGGUGGAGAAACUGAAGAAGACUGAACUCCAAGCUGCUUCUCCUGCUCACUGUUACACUGGACCUGGAGAUGUGGAGUGUGAUUUCUGCACAGGGAGAAAACACAAAGCCGUCAAGUCCUGUCUGGUUUGUCAGGCCUCCUAUUGUGAAGAUCAUCUUAAACCUCACUAUCAGUCUCCUGCCUUUAAGAAGCACAAGUUAGUUGAAGCCUGUGCAGAGCUCCAAGAGAAGAUCUGCUCUGAACAUGACAAACUGAUGGAGAUCUACUGUAGUACUGACCAAAGCUUCAUCUGUUACUUGUGUACGAUGGAAGAACACAAAGGUCAUGAUACAGUUCCAGCUAAAGCAGAAAGAACUAAAAAACAGAAUGAGUUAAAGGAGGAUCAGAUAAAAUUCCAGCAGAGGAUCCAGGAGAAGCAGAAGAAGGUGCAGGAGCUGAAACAGACUGUGGACAUUAUUAAGAUACGUUCACAGGCAGCAGUAGAUGACAGUGAGAGGAUCUUUACUGAGAUGAUCAGCUCCAUGGAGAAAAAGCGCUCGGAGGUGACGGAGCUGAUCAGAGCUCAGGAGAAAGAUGAAGUGAGUCGAGCUGAACGACUCCUGAAUCAACUGGAGCAGGAGAUUGCUGAUCUUAAGAGGAGAGUCACUGAGCUGGAGCAGCUUUCACACACACACGAUGACAUCCACUUCGUUCAGAUGAUUUUACCUUCAGAACAAAAGAGCAGAGAAGAUUUUCUGCAGUAUUUCUGUUAUCUGACUCUGGAUCCAAACACAGCACAUCGUCGACUCAUUCUGUCUGAGAAGAACAGAGUGAUGACACUGAGUGAGACACAACAGCGAUACUCUGAUCAUCCAGAGAGAUUUGACUUCUAUACUCAGGUGUUGUGUAAGGAGAGUGUGUGUGGUCGCUGUUACUGGGAGGUGGAGAGGAGCAGUGAUGUGUACAUAUCAGUGUCAUAUAAAGAGAUCAGCAGGAAAGGACGGGGUUAUGAGUGUCGGUUUGGAGGCAACAGUCAGUCCUGGAGUCUGCGGUGUUUUUCUUCCUCUGUCGCUUUCUAUCACAACAGCAUUGAGACUGAGCUCCGAGGUCCAUCAUCCUCCAGAAUAGGAGUGUAUGUGGAUCACAAUGCAGGAACUCUGUCCUUCUACAGCAUCUCUGACACCAUGAGGCUCCUCCACAGAGUCCACACCACAUUCACUCAGCCUCUAUAUGCUGGAGUCUGUGUGUAUUGUUAUAAGUCAUCUGUGAGAUUUUGUGAUCCAAAAUAAAAAGUUAGUAAAAGUGUUUAUAAAAACUAUAAGUGAGGUGUGAGAUUUAAUUUGUCCCUGAGCUACACUGGACAUUUUGUGUGCAGAAACUGGAACAGUAAUGAAUGCAGAAUGUAGAAACAGACUAUUUAAUUGUAUGCACUAUUAGGAUGGGUUUAUUAUAGUUGAUAUAAAAAUGUUCAAUGUCUCCUCAGAAAUAAUAAACUUUACUCAAACUG